AUGCACGUAAAUGGUACAGUAUCUCCUUGUCCUCUCGGCUCCCGCCUAUCCUCCCCAAGUGGCAGUGGUAUCUGCCCUACGCCCUACGAAUCAGGAGGCAAACAAGGCCAGAGUCGUAUGGGACCAUCUCUGCUUCACUUAGUCAACGGUUAUCCCGGUUGCCUCGGCGCCCAACAAGGUGUUCAUGCCAAUAUGAUUAACAACACUUCGGGUGGGCCAACAUAUCAAAUGUUCAAUGGACUAGGAGCUCGUGGAGUCCAAGGAUCUCCCCUCGGUAUCUCAGCCGGUUUUGCUAAUCGAGCAUCUCCACAGACCUGUGGUCUGGCUGGCUCUCAAUGUAACGCAUCUAAUCUGUUGGUAGUCAGCAGUUUUGAUAACUUUCACUCUCCUCAUGCCUCCAGUUCUUCUGGGAGCAAAUGUUCUACCGGCGGACUGAUCAGCUUUGGCAACGGUCUCACUGGUGUUGUUUCCACAAGCUCCAACAUGCCACUUGUGUAUCGGGCCGAAAAUGAAGAUGUAAUCGGUUUGCCGCUUGCCUCGGUCACUGCAAUCCAUCUGCCUUCGGCGUCAAGUCUGGUUGCGGAGGAACAGAAUGGCGGCUUUCUAGCCACAUCUGAAUUGACCUCAGGGCCAGGUAGCCCAUAUGCGGCCAUUAUCACGAGCUCAUCUACCUCGAGCUUGCUUAACAGUAACGGCUCCGUCGGAUUUCCUCCAAACAGUGGCCCAACAAUCUGGGCACCAGGAAACAACGGGUUUUUGCUGCACUCAGGGCCGGUACAUCAUGGAUUGCCACAACGAAAUCCCACAGCUCACAUGGGACUGGUCGGCUCCGACCUAUUGCCGCGACAUCAAAUGACAGCACUGCUAUCUGGAGACGAACUUGCAAGUCGCUCCAGUCAGUCUGCAAACGCAGAAUACCUGACAAAUGGAUCCUGUAUACGCAUUGGAAACCAGUCCUGUGAAGUGGAUGGUCUACCGAUAAAAGCGACUCCAACGGCUAGAUCAGACACGCCAACUGGGGCGAAAUCAGAUACAAGAUAUAAUGGGCACCAAACCUGUGAGUCCAAGUGGUCACGAGCCGGCCUGUCUCCGGAAGCAUUCAUUGUGGAGGAACAUGCCACAAAUGUGUAG